AUGGAAUAUGCAAACCUUAUGCAAGCUUGGAGGGUAAUGCUGGUGAGGAAAAAAUAUAAUAUUAGAAUGCAAGGAAAUGGAGACGAAUGGUGGAAAAUUCAACCCAAAUACUCUUCUAGAGUUCUCAUUGGAAACUGGCUGGAACAGAGGAAAACGUUUAUGAAAGACAGUGGGAAACUCGGCAGCAGCAUAUACAAAACAGACUUCACUUGGUCCCCACCGCAGCCUCCAGACCAAGCACUAAAGAAAUACAUGAUGGGAAAGCAUGAGGCCCUGCCACUGCAGCACUCCCUCAUCUGUCAUGGGGAGCCAAGAAGAAGAAAUCUAGUCUCAGAGUAUGAGGAUAAAUACAACAGGCAUGGACACAACCCCCUGCUGCCUCCCCUCCGCCACUGGAAUGGACGCAAGCUUUCCUGGGUUCCUCAGAAAACAGAUUUCCCCAUUCUUGAACCACCCACCAACUAUGGCCUCUAUGAGCACGUGAUGGAAAAAUGGAACAAGGAAGAACAAGUGAUGAAGAGUGUCUACACCAUUUCCUACAAAAGACCACCAGAUUCUGCUUUUGUUCGUCCGCUGAAUGUAGCAGCUCAAACUCACACCUUCAUUUCCAACCAGGGAGACCUUCCCCAAAACGUUAGUAGAAUCCUCAACUGAGGGGGUCAGAAAUAUCUGCAAGCCAUUGGCCAACUGGUGAGAGAUAGAAGAGCAGGGGACACCUAUGUGUAA